GCGAUGUCCUUCUCGGCCUGUGCCAGCGCCGACGUCCGCGCCGCCCUCGCCAAGGCCUGCGCCGACCUCACGCGCGACGAGCGGCUCGAGCCGCUGGACGUCUACCGGCGGCUCGCGCAGGAGGCCAAGGUCGUCUACGACACGGAGAAGACCAAGCUGCGCAUGACCGAGCACCCGCUGACAGCCGACGUCGCCUUGUCGCACCCGGCGCUCGUCGAUUUUAGCGUCGAGGCGCUCGAGACGCUCGUCGACGCCGAGCGCAACACGAUGACCAAGGCGGUCGUCGUCUACGUGCCGCCGGCGGCGGCGGCGAAGAAGAAGCAAAAGACCAAGGAGCACCUCGAGGUGAGUUUUAGCUACGACCGCCGGUACGCUGGCGAGCCGUUUGGCACGACCCUCGCCUUCACGCUGAGCGUUGCCUUGGGCUACGGCAAGAAAAUGACGCUGCUGCACAUCGUCUUGCGCUUCUCGGGCCACUACCCCGCCAGCUACUAUCAGAAGAAGGACGACGACGAGAUCGCUCCGCCCACGGACGAUGACGAGAACGAGGAUGCGACACCGCCAUCCGACCAAGGCGAGGAAGGCGCCAGCCAAGGCGAGGAAGAGGCCGAGGAAGAAGCUGAAGAUAACGAUGGCGACGAUGACCAAGAGGACGACGAGGAGAACGCGGACGGUGGCGAUGACGACGAAGACGGCGAAACGCAGGAGCUGCAUGUGCUCGGCCCCGACGAGAAGGACUGGGAGUACGUCGAGGAGUUUGAGUUCCAUGAGGACGUCUUCGAGACGUUCCACACGUGGUUUGGCGGCGACCUCUCGCACCAGGACUUCCUCACGUUCAUGCUCGCGUUCCCGUUCACCGAGGACGAGUACAUGGUCGACGACCGCGUCUUUGACCUCGUCUUCAACGGCGAGGACUCUGACGCCGAGAGCGAUGCAUAAGAGAAUACUGUGUUAAAUAGAGGUUGUUAGAUACAAAAACUAGGCUGUCGUGAUGUGUACACCA